AUGCGACGCCAUGGCAGGGCCAGUGGAGGCUCCACCAAGGCCGUUGCACCAGUCUCCGAUACGGUCUCGCUGAUCCAUUCGUUCGAUUCGGUGAUGAACCCCAACCGACCCGUGCGUCCAUCGCCUUUAGCAUCCUCGAACAUCCGGGAACUGCCUUUGGAUCUUGUUGAUCGAUUACGCUCCUUCCCGCUAUUCCAGGCUACUCCGGAAUCGUUCUUGUUCGAUGUCGGCCAGCACCUUCGUCCGCAGCUUCACUCGGCCAAUGAUUACAUCUUGACAGAAGGAGAUGACGCCAAGGCUAUAUAUUGGCUGGUCCGAGGGGCUGUAUCAGUUACUUCCCGCGAUGGCGAGAGUAUAUAUGCGGAGCUCGAGUCGGGCGCAUUUUUCGGCGAGAUUGGCGUUCUCAUGGAUCGCCCACGCACGGCCACUAUAAUUGCCCGCACAAGAUGUUUGCUGGUUGUAUUGACAAAGGAAGAUUUCCGGAAUAUCCUCCCUCGCUUCCCCGAAGUUGAGCAGGCCAUUCGGGAAGAAGCGCAAGAGAGAUUGAUGAUCUUGGAGAAGAAGAAAAAGGAAACAUCUGCGCCUCCAACAGAUUUUGACGAACCGACUCGAAGAGGAUCGAAGAGAUUGAGAGAUACCUUUACUAGAGAUAUGUCCCUCACUGAGAAUGAUGGCAUAAUCUUGAAGUCUACGAACAAGAAGCGCAAAUCCCCAAGCCCCGGAUUAGCUGAUGGUUCCUCAAGUGCCCUGGCGAAUGGACUAGUCAGUGUCCGCCUUUUGCUCAAAGAAUUGCCCCUGUUUUCUGGCCUACCGCCGGAUAUUCUGCACUUCCUAGGCCUGAAUGCGCAACCACGGUCAUAUCCUCCUUUCACCGACAUCAUCAAGCAGGACUCUCAAGGGAGAGAGAUCUAUUUUAUCGUUCGUGGUGAGGUGGAAGUCCUGUCUGAAUGCGUGAAACCUCAAGAUUCCCACUCUCUACCAAACACCAUUGAACACCCCGGCUUUGAGGUGAAGGCUCGGCUGAAACAGGGUCAAUAUUUUGGCGAGGUGGUGAGCCUCUCUCUGGCGCCACGUCGAACAGCGACGGUACGUUCGAUCAAUGCGGUUGAAUGUUUGAUGAUAGGAGGCGACGUCCUCGCAGAGCUGUGGGAGAAAUGCCCUCAGAGUAUUCGAGAGCAAGUGGAGAGGACAGCUAAAGAGAGACUCGAUUCAGCAGCCGAUGGCGAUAUCGUGAUGUCCGAAGCCGGGGAUACUAGCCUGCCUAUUGGAGAUGGGUAUUCGCAAUCCAGGUCUUCACGGAGACAGUCGAUGCCUCCUCUCCUUACACUCACAGAAACAGAAUUGGAUGCCCCCCAUAAGCCGAAUGGGAUAGAUGAACAGAGUGUGUUACGGCCAUCUGAUCCCGAUCCAUUCCUCAAUGUUGGUCUGGACAAAGUCCGACUGCGGAGUCGACGAGGCUCCGUUGCUCCAUUGACGCCCGAGGAAGUCUCUGGAGAACAACAACGGCAAUCGCCUCCAUCUGAGCCACGGUCGGCGAGUUCGUCUUUUCUCAAGCUCCCACAGGCUGUUUUGUCAACCUCGAAGGCACAGCGGGAGUCACGUAAAGACAAUUGCGGGAUUCUUCCCGAUAGUGUCCUUCUGAAAGUUUUCAACUACCUAGAACUCCACCACCUCUUUCGUAUUCGAGCUGUUUCUCUUCACUGGUCCGAGAUUCUCAGCACAUCAGCAGAGCUGCUCCAUUACUUGGACCUGAACAUAUAUAAUCGGUGUAUUACCGAUGAUGUUCUCAUAAAAAUAAUAUGCCCAUUUGUUGGUAGUAGACCCCGUUACGUCGAUAUUAGCAACUGCUUUCACAUCACCGACGAAGGUUUUAACAAACUGGUUGUCACAUGUGGCCCUAAUGUUAUCGCAUGGAAGAUGAAAAGCGUUUGGGAUGUAACCGCCUCAGCCAUCCUUGAAAUGGCUAGCAAAGCGAACGGCCUACAGGAAGUUGAUUUGAGCAACUGCCGAAAAGUUGGAGAUACUUUACUGGCUCGGAUUGUCGGCUGGCUUGUACCUGGUCAGCAUAAACCUACCGAAGAUAUGGGAAAGACAGGGAAAGCGGUUCUGAGGCCUACCAUGCAAACUGCAGCAGGGACUGUAUAUGGGUGCCCCGAGUUGAAGAGAUUGACUUUGUCCUACUGCAAGCAUGUUACCGACCGGUCGAUGCAUCAUAUUGCGUCUCAUGCUGCUUCCAGGAUCGAAGAAAUGGACCUGACACGCUGUACCACGAUCACAGACCAAGGGUUUCAAUUCUGGGGAAACACGCAAUUCACGAAUCUACGGAAGCUCUGCUUGGCAGACUGUACUUAUUUAACUGACCAAGCUAUCGUCUAUUUGACCAAUGCUGCCAAGCAAUUACAAGAAUUAGAUCUGUCAUUCUGCUGUGCGCUAUCAGACACAGCAACAGAGGUCCUCGCCCUUCAAUGUUCACAGUUAACUCGUCUCAAUAUGUCUUUCUGUGGCUCAGCGAUUUCUGAUCCGUCACUUCGCAGUAUCGGUCUUCAUCUUCUCCACCUGAAGAGACUAUCUGUCCGUGGUUGCGUUCGGGUUACCGGUGCGGGAGUUGAGGCUGUUGCGGACGGUUGUACCCACCUGGAGUCUUUCGACGUCAGCCAAUGCAAGAACCUCACUCCCUGGCUCGAAGGCGGAGGGCCCAUCAAGUAUAAAGAUAAAAUACUUUUCGAGACAGUUGCGCAGAAUGGUAGAGUAUUCCGGUGA